AUGGCGCUGGCAAAGAGAAGGCUGGAGCUGGGAGAAGGCGGCCAUCAGUACCUCUCCGAUGGUCUGAAAACCCCCAAGGGCAAAGGACGAGCUGCGCUGCGAAGUCCAGACAGUCCAAAAACUCCAAAAUCUCCCUCAGAAAAAACGCGGUAUGAUACAUCGCUUGGUCUGCUCACCAAGAAGUUCAUUCAGUUACUGAGCCAAUCCCCCGAUGGCGUGUUGGAUCUGAACAAGGCGGCCGAGGUGCUCAAAGUGCAAAAGAGGAGGAUUUACGACAUCACCAACGUGCUGGAGGGCAUCCAUCUCAUUAAGAAGAAAUCGAAAAACAAUGUCCAGUGGAUGGGCUGCAGUCUGGCUGAGGACGGGGGCCUGCUGGCCCAGUGCCAAGGCUUGUCGAAGGAAGUGACUGAGCUCAGUCAGGAAGAGCAGAAACUGGACGAGCUGAUCCAGAGCUGCACGCUGGACCUCAGACUCCUAACCGAGGAGCCAGAGAAUCAGAGGUUAGCGUACGUUACAUAUCAAGAUAUUCGAAAAAUCAGUGGCCUUAAAGACCAAACUGUUAUAGCUGUGAAAGCCCCUCCAGAAACAAGACUUGAAGUGCCUGACCCACUGCAGAGCCUACAAAUUCACUUGUCAAGUACCCAAGGACCCAUUGAGGUUUACUUGUGUCCAGAAGAGACUGAGACACACAGCCCAAUGAAGACAAAUAACCAAGAUCACAACGGAAAUAUCCCUAGACACGCUUCCAAAGACUUGGCUUCCACCAACUCAGGACAUAGCGACUGCUCCAUCUCUAUGGCAACCCUCUCUCCUCUGGCCUCUCCUGCCAAUCUUUUACAGCAGACUGAGGACCAAAUUCCUUCCAACCUCGAAGGACCAUUUGUGAACUUGCUGCCUCCCCUGCUGCAAGAAGACUAUCUGCUGAACCUUGGCGGGCAAGAAGGCGUCAGUGAUCUCUUUGAUGCCUAUGAUUUGGAAAAACUCCCGCUGGUGGAAGACUUCAUGUGCAGUUGAUCGGGCAUUGCGUGAACCCUCCCUCCCACACCGUUUGUUUAUUAUGGAACCAGAACUCCUGUCAAGCAAUGUUGCCCCUUCUCCCUCCAAGAUAUUAUCAUGAAGUAAACGACGAACUUCAAAACCAAGGCUGAUGUUUUAAUGAAAGCAAAGGAGGAAAAAAAAACCAUUUUUUUGGUUGUUGGUCUAAAUGCACAGUUGCGGGCUUCCGUGGAGAAGCCCCGCUCCGCCCCGGCUCCAAUCUCAUGGAGGAGUCAGCAAGUGAGAAAAUGUGCAAUCAGGUGUCUCCCGCCUGGAUGGGCCUGCUGUGCCUGACGGAUGGGCUGUAGACUGGGGGCUGGCCACCUGGCCCACCCGACAGCAGCGAUCUUCCUUAAUAGCAUUUCAAGCCGUGCCUUCUCCGCAGACCACAUGUCUUUUUUUUGGGGGGGUGGGGGGGGUGUUCUGCUACAUGGAGUGGAACUGCAGGAAGUAAAACCCUGAAGUCAUGCAAAAGGAUGAGACCGAUUUCUCCAGCGCUUCUGGGGAAUUACUUCAAUGACUGUCCGAUUCGGUGUCAGCGUUGUGCUGUCUGGUCACAGGAGGAGGCACCAGUUGCCUCCGCUCCCUUCCACAGGAAGAGCCUGUUGGCAGCUAUUUGCCACAAAUGCAGAAGAAGGGUAAGAGUCCCACCACUCCACCCUCCGUGGGUUUCCCGUCUCCAUAAACCACUCCCCACUCUACUCCCAGCCUCCUGCCCACCCCCCUCCCCAGUGUCUUCUUUGACAUUUAAAGUGUGUUUCUAGCCACAACGCCUACUUAGGGGUGCUUGGUAGAUUGUUUUAACCUUUUUUUUUUUUUUAUUUAUCUUCGCUGCCAUUGAAGCAUUCCCAUGGCACCCAUCACCCUUUCACGUCAGCUGUUUACUGGGAGACAGUACUUGCUGAUUCACAUGGGUUGAGCAAGAACGCCCCCCAGGAAGAGUGUACAGACCUCUGUGGUGGGGAGUUUCACAGCCUCUGCGAGAAGCCUGGUCCCCUGAAGCUCCUCUUGGCUGGAGGGGACUGUGACUCCACCCCCCAAGUGGCCCUAGAGCUUCACCCCACAAGGGGCCACUUGGAAAGGUGAUCCAGGUCAGUAGUCCCAAGGAGCAGCAGGGAUGGGUCCCUCCAUCCGUGGACUUCCCAGACCCCCUCGACCGGGGGAAGGGCUCUCUUCUAUUGCACUCAGGGAGAUCAGAUGGGGACGCCUCUGGCCAGAAAGACCUGCCCGUUCCGGGAGGAUCUGGUGGCGUUAAAGCUGAGAAGCAAAGGGACUUGUCGCUGUGUCUGGUGCCGUUAACUGUCCCGGCCGCAGCCUGGUCCCCAUCCGUCUGUGAAGGAGUCAGUCGGGCCUAGGGAAGUCAGGCCCUAGACUACGAAGUACUAGGAUGCCAAGGCGUCCCCCAGUUUUCUCUUUAGGAUUGGUGACCGACCUUACAAAUGCCCUUCAGUGUGUCCACAAAUAGCUUCCACCCGGGGCAGCUGAACACUGCCGUCUGGCACCAGAAUGGUGGCACAGCACCUCCAGGUCCAUUCCCCGGCUGCACCAGAAACCCGAACGGUGACAUUGAAACGCUGUGUGUGCAGGCGCCUGGUAGUCCCUCGAUCUGUAAGUGUUUCUUCGAAGGGAAAUCUAGAUCCUUUAGGAAAAAGAAACUGGCAAAGGAGACCGAGGGGGAGAAACCCCAACCAGGUUCCGCUAGGUGGAUUUUCACAAUAUGCAAGGUGGUGGUGGGGUCCACAUGGGGGACACCAGCACUUUAAACUACGUGUAGGUAUGCAUGGGUGUGUGUUUGGGAAGCAAAACCGAGGUGCGGAUGAGCCUCCUCUUUCUUCUGCAGCCUCCUCCUCGCCCUCCUCCUCACAUACACUGGACUUGGUCCGCAAUGAAGCAUGGGGCGGGGCGGGAGGGGAAGCUUUGUGUUAAGUGCCUACUGGAAAAUGCACUGUGGGUUUUUUCCUGUAUGGGAAACCAUUUCUGCCAAGCUUUCCCCCCUCUCCCCCAUAUUUAUCUCAUCUGGUUCGCUGCCUCUGCCCCCAGCUUUGUGCGCCCGCUGCACAAAGCUGACUUCUUCCAAAGUCUAGAGAACGAGCCCACCUGGCUUCGGGCGCGUGUGUUUUUUCAGUUUCUCGUGAAAACUUGGGGUCUGCGUCAUGCUCUAUUUAUUGCUUUUGCAAAAUGAGAGGAAUGCAAAUACGUCGUAAAUGUUCCUACCUGUGUCCCAUUUUGUUUUGGGUUUGGGGAUUUUUUUCUCUUUUUUCCUUUCCAGCAAAUAGGCUUCUUCAUCGAAUUAGACGCCCCAUGCCGCAUUCUGUUUGCGUUUGUCGCUUUUAUUUUUUUGACACAGUACCUGGCACUCAAAGUUAGUGCUACAGUGUUUGAGUUACUUUAAGUACUACGUAUGCAGGUCUCCUGGUACCAUUGAGUUGCUGCUAUUAAUGCUCACACAUGAAUGGCUAAGAGUUACAAGGAUGCGAAUCAUGACUGCGUGAGUCUAGAAACUAAAGUCUGUAACGGGCAACACAUGAGCUGUCAAACAGUGUUAGGUGUUUGUUUAUAUGUACAGAUGUGUGCAUAGCAUUGGUCUUAUUUAAGUUGUUAACAUAGUCGUCUUGCAUUUUCAUUAUCUAGCAAUUUUGUACAAAAGGAAAAAAAAAACAGCAAUUAAUUUGUAAACACUGCCAGAAUAUUUUCUAGCUGGUUUUGUAAUUUUGUGUGUUUGUUUCAUAGUGUAUUUUUGUUUCUGUCCUUUGUCAUGGUCCUCGUUUUCUGUUCUCAGUGUAGAUCUGUAAAUAAGAGUUGCAGUAUUUAAAGCUUUAGCAUUCAGGCAAAAGAAAGUCGGCGCUUGGUGGGUGCAUGGCAACUCGUGUGUCUGAGAGGAGGACUUUGAAGAAGGAUGCCUUGGGGGGGAGUCAGGUGGCAAGUGGCAGGUCGUGGGAAUUUCUUUUCCUAUGGGGUACGUGAUUUUGUACAAAGGAAGUAUCUCUCCCGAACUUGGGAGUAGGCAAACUACUAAUCGGUUUAGCUUUGUGAUGUAUGCUAGUUUUAAAACAAAAUAUGUAAUAUAGUGUAAAAAGAGAGAGGGAAAGGAAAGGGGAAGAAAGGCGCUUUAUGAUGGAUCUGUAAAUAGAUUUGUUACAGGAGGACCUGUCCUGGCUGUGAUCUCACCACUUCUCAAAUGGGUGUAAUUUGAAUAAAUUUUGUAUGGCAAAGGAACAAUAAAAUGAUUUUUUUUUAAGAGUUCA